CCGGAAGAAGCCAUUUGUUGCUAGCUUACCAGCUCUCAUGCUGUUGGAACAGAAGCUCGACAAACAUUUAAAAUGAAUAAGUUGAGUAAAUCACAAGAGUUUGAGUCGUAUGAGAUCGAAGAACCGAGCGACGAAGAGCGAGCUGCCAGCAGUUCGGAGGAUGAGCUGGACGUGCUACUGAACGGGACUCCGGAACAGAAAAAGAAGCUGAUCAGGGAGUAUCUAACUGGGGAGAGCGAGUCGUCCAGCGGAGAUGAAUUUGAAAAAGAGAUGGAGGCAGAGCUCAGCUCCACCAUCAGGACCAUGGAGGGAAACUGGGCACCAGCAGCAGUAGAGACGUCAAGAGGAGGAGGAGGAGGAGGAGGUGAUCCUGGACUUUCUAACCCACGGAUGUAUGAUGAGGUUUAUUUCGACUCUGAUGACUCAGAUGAGGACAGCACACCGAGCAGCUCCACAAGCCGGAGGUGGAAACAGCGGGUCAUUCCGACCAAUGACGAGCUGCUGUAUGACCCCCACCAGGAUGACAGGGACCAGGCCUGGGUUGACGCCAGGAGGAAAGAGUACACCUGCAGAAAAGGGCCCGCUGCAGCUUUCCAAUCGAAGCGUCGCCAACCUCAAGGUUUACCGAACAGCGAUGCUGUUCUUAACUGUCCCGCCUGCAUGACGACACUCUGCCUGGACUGUCAGAGGCAUGAGAAGUACCGCACACAGUACCGAGCAAUGUUUGUGAUGAACUGUACGGUCAAGAGAGAGGAGGUGCUGCGUUACAAAAACCAGCAGGAGAAGAACAAGAGGAACAAGAAGAGGAAGCGGGGACAGAAAACAGAAACACCUGUGGAUGAGACUUCCAAACCAGCGGCAGCGGGGAUGGACGCUGAUGAGGUGUACCACCCGGUGCAGUGCUCUGAGUGCUCCACUGAGGUGGCCGUGUUCGAUAAAGAUGAGGUUUACCACUUCUUCAACAUCCUGGCCAGCCACUGCUGACAAGGACUGAACGAGCUCUGAGCCGGACGUUUCUUUUUUCUUUUUUUUUUUAAUCUUAGGUCUCUCUGGCGUCACGCCUCAUGGCUCAAAUCAGUAUCUUUAUUUCAAAAAUGCACACAGGAGCAGAGCUAAAGGGGAGUGGAGAGUACUGGAUUUGUGCUCAUCACUUUAAAUGAAUGCUGUUGUUGUUCUGCAUUUGCAGGAUGUGUAAAUGUCUGUGUUUUUGCAAAUAAGAUCACCUUGCGUGUGAUAAGUUGUCAGUGUUGUUUACGGCACGUGUUUGCUGCUUUUUUUUUUUUUUUCCUUCCCAGGUGAGAUGGAGAAUUCCUUCUACGAUCAGUCGGCAUGUAAAAACUCACAUGAUGAGGUUUAUCUCAUAAACACUUUAAGCACGCUGUUUCCAUUUCUGGAUUAGAAAAGUUGCCACCUGCAGAAGAAGUUGCCCUUAUUUCAAAACUGCUGGUGUCUGUAAAACUUGAAGGGCCUGGUUUGCUGUCGGCGCCCGCACAACACCCUUAUUUGGUGUUAAAAGGCUGCUGUCGGGAAUUUGUGACUGAAAGGCGUGGACACAGCUAUUCUUGUGGCUCUUCAUAUAGUAUGUGUAAUUUGAGGAGUUAAUUUCAGAGUAGAAAAUUUAAAUCGGUCACACAAACUUGAUUUAUUAAGGUUUCAGGUCAGUUAAAUAGAGAUUUCUCCUCUAAAUAAAUCCUGCACACUAAGCUCCCGCCUGCCUUAUGUCAGAACAUACUGAUGCUCCUUCAGCUGCCCCUCACUGAUCUGAAUUACAUGCUGUUUCCAUAAACGAGCACAUGAUAAGACCUGUACUUUUGCUAUAUUGUUUUUGUUAGUAGAUUACUUGCACACUCAUCAUGCCUGCAUGUUUUUGACCAGUGAUUUACACAGCUCUUGGUAGAAUGCUGGUCAUUAUUGAAAUAAACUGCCUGUGUCUUA